GUAAAGAAAUCUCAAUCAAGAACAACAAAUAAAGAAACAAGAAACAGAGAACAAGAGAGGAAAAAAAAAUGGAAUUCAGUUGCAAGUACUUCAAGGUAGGCAAAUGCGAAGGAGAAAAGGUGGUGGAUGGUGAGACCAUGCCGCUGGUGCUACAACCAUCAGAACCUGACAAAAAUGGCUUGGAAUCACUCGUUUUGGCUCUAAAGACUAACAAGGAUUGGUUCGAACAGAUGAUAAUCAAGAAUAGUGCUGUCCUGCUUCGAGGAUUUGACGUGAAAAAAGCUGAGGAUUUUAAUGAUAUUAUUGAAGCUUUUGAUUGGGAUGAUAUUCGUUAUGUAGGGCCUGCACCGAGGACGCAUAUAUAUAAGCGAGUGUGGACUGCAAAUGAAGGUCCCCUGUCAGAAUUCAUUUACUACCACCAUGAAAUGGUUUUGAUAAAAGAAAGUCCCUUGAAAGUAGUGCUUUUCUGUGAGAUACCACCACCAGAGGGAGGACAGACACCAUUUGUUCCAAGCUUCAAAGUUACAGAAAGGAUGCUAGAAGAGUUCCCAAAAGAAGUGGAAGAAAUGGAGGCAAAAGGGCUAAAAUACACAUUUUCAGCUCCUAGCAAUAAUAAUACAGGAUCCAUGAGGGGCAGAGGCUGGGAGGAUGCUUUUGGAACAUCAGACCCUGCAGAGGCUGAGAGAAGGGCAAAAGCUCUAGGAAUGGAUAUGGAGUGGAUGGCUGAUGGAGGGGUGAAGACAAGACUAGGUCCACGGCCAUUAACAAGGGUGUUUGAUGGAAGAAAAGGAAGAAGAAUGUGGUUCAACACAGUAGUCGGGAUGCAUGGGAAGGAGCUGAGCUCAGCCACGAUGGCAGAUGGAACAGAAAUACCAGAACAUGUUGUAAAGAGAUGUGAACAGAUCAUUGAAGAAGAAAGCAUACAGUUCAAGUGGGAGACAGGUGAUGUUCUAUUCCUUGAUAACUUGGCUCUGCUUCAUGGUAGAAGGCCUUCUUUGCCACCAAGAAAAGUGCUUGUUGCCACAUGCAAGUAAUUCCUGUCAAAUAUUAUAUCACUCCAAUCCUGCCUUAUUUCUUCCUUUACGUAGAAUAAAUUGUGGAAGCAGAGGAAAUAUAUAACUUCCACUCCUGUGUACUUGUACUCUUCCGUUGGAAAUUAGACAUGUAUGGUUAUUGUGAUGCUGGUAAGAGUAUUCUUCAAAUACUUCUAAUAAAAUAGCAACAUUGUAUCAA